AUGGAGUGCAGGGUGAUCCGCCUGCUGCACUGUCAGAAGCAGAUCUUCUGCCUGCAGCUGCCGGAGCGCUGCCCCGGCUGCGGGGAGGCGCUGAGCGGCAGCAGGCUGCAGGAGGCGCCGGUCAGCCUGCCCUCGCCCUUCAGCAACGCACACAAGAGCUCCUGCUGUCUGCUGGUGGCGCCCGCAGCCGACAACCUCAGCAGAGAAUUUGAUGGAGCGUCAGAUCUGCACACCGGCAUCUCCAGCACCACAGGUGUUGUGUACAACUACACGCGGACUGGCGUCCGGAGGGAAGGGAGCGGCUGGGAGCGCUGUGUGUGUGUUCCUCUGGUCAGACCUGACAUGUUCCACCUGCUGGCCCAGUGGGACCAGUACCUGGACCGCUUCUCUGACGGACCCCUGUGGGACCCGGCCUGGCACGCGUUCGAUGAGGACAAACACAACUGCUUCACUUUCUGUCUCCACUUCGUGAACGGCGUCCUGUCGGCGGAGGGCCGCGGCUCCAUGAGCAGGGAGGACUUCACCCGAACCUUCAUCCUGCCGAGGAUGAGGAGGGUGUCCAAAUACACCGCCCUGUGCCGGCACCUCCAGCAGCACCCGUUCUACCUGGUGGACAGGCAGGAGGAGGCUGGCUGAACCCGGCUGUGUGUGUGUGUGUGUGUGUGUGUGUGUGUGUGUGUGUGUGUGUGUGUGUGUGUGUGUGUGUGGCACCACAUAAAGCACAUGUGGAACAUUCUUUGUCUUCUAUCCAGAUGUUUUAGUUUCUUCUGCCUGGUUUAACCCGUCAGUUUUAGAGUUUGGUGAGAAUUCCAGCCGUCGCUGGAGUUUCUAACGGGUGUGUGUUGGUGUGUGUUGGAGAGGGUCUGGAGUUUCUAAUGGGUGUGUGUUGGUGUGUGUUGGAGAGGGUCUGGAGUUUCUAACGGGUGUGUGUUGGUGUGUGUU